ACAUCUCUGGAUAAUUGUUUAUUAUCAUUUAACAAAGCACAAACUACAAACACACGAUGUAAAAACUUAAUAUUGACAAUUGUCUAUUACCAUUUGUCACUACUCACUCGUCUCCGAGUGCCAACAAAUAAAAUUUAAAUGCGCAAUUGACGUAAUCGUGUUAAACUGAGAGAAGAUGUUAAAAACUUUACAGUUUCGUUUUUUAAAAAAAAAUACAAUUGGAAUGAAUAAACGUUGCUUAUGGCAAUGGAUUGAUGACACAUUCAACCGUUUGGAUGAUGAUCGCAUCAAGGAAAUUGGCCCUAACUUGGCAUGUGCUGAAUGGCUUAUGAAAAAUGGUGCUCAAGUGAGAUGGAAAGGAUGUAAAGAAUUUGUCAGCCAUUACAAUUGCUUACCUAAUGUAACAUCAGGUCACCUCGGACAGUUUCUAAUAGAACAAGUAUAUGCUGGAAAAGAAGCUUCAAUUUCACAUAUAGGAUUUAGUUAUUUUAAAAAUUGUAAAAAUAUUUCCGAAGUGGAAUUUGUUGGAUGUAACACAAUUGACAAUGAAGCAUUACUUAAACUUAAUAUCUUGAAAGAUUACUUGACACAUUUGAAAAUUAAUGGCUGUGUAAAUGUUUCUGAUCAAGGAAUAAUGUCAUUGGAAUAUCUUCAAGCAUUAAAAUAUUUGGAGUUGAAAAAUUUACAAUUUUUAAGUGAACCAGAAACAACAAUUGAUCAUCUGAAAAGAAAGCUGCCAGAAUGUGAUGUACAAUAUUAUAGUGAAUGACAAUGAUAAAAGAUAUAAACAAAAAAAUAUCUAAAUUAUCCAAAUUAUAGAAUUAACUAAAACAAAGAAACUAAUUUCUAACUGUAAUUAAUUAUCAUACGAGACUGAUAUUUUAGUGUAAAAAGUAUUCAGAUUACUAGUAAUUACAAUGAUUUUUGUAUCUUAUGAGUUAUGAGUAAUAAAAUACUAACUAGAAAAAA